AUGGUGUCCAGCAAGGCUCCCAUCGCCGCAGCCGUAGCUCUGCUGGCACAGAUCUGCCAGGCCAGGGACCACCUAGUCUUCCGCAAUGUCUCGGACAGCCCGCCUCGGACGGUCACCGGCGAGCAGGGGUGCUACACGGACUUUGGCCGGGACUACCGUGGCAGCGUCCCGACUUUCUCCCGGCUGUACUCGUACACGUUCCCCGUCACCGCGUACAGCUACUUCAUCCCUUCCACCAGCACCAUCACCGUGACGCCCACCGUCUCCGGAGGUGGAGGAGGCGGCGGUGGAGGAGGAGGAGGAGGGUCAGUGACGGGUCCCAUCACUUCAACAUCGACCGUCACCACAACCACGCACGUCACCUCAUUCGGCACCGCGACAACCAUCACAGCCGGGCCUCGCUUCACACCCCUCGCCUCCGCCCUCAACCACAGGCGACCAGCAGGCGGCAGACCCCAGCUCCAAGACUCGAGCUACAGAGCCAACGACGACAGCCUCGUCCUCGGCGUCGACAAGGCCGGCGUCGCCAAAGCCGACCCGCCCCUCUUCCCACAAGCCGUCGUCUGCGAGAUGGUCAUCCGCGUCUUCACGACCAGCACGUCAACCAUCACGGCAUCCUACGCAGCGACGACAACAAUCACCCUCCCGGCGCCCAACGCCACCACCACCACCGCCACAGCACCAGUCCAAAACGCAACGACGGCAACGACAACGACGACGGUCACGUCCACCAUCACCGACGAGGUGGCCAACCCCACGCAGACCGUCUACCAGGCCUGCCAGGCCAACAACCUGGUCUCGGGCCACGGCGCGCCGCAGACGUACUUUGUCGAGGCGAUCCACAGCUGGCACGUCGUGCGGGAGCAGCGCAUCGCCGAGACGGCGGAGAGCUGCUGUAUUGCAUGCCAGGGGGAGGCGGAUUGCGGCGGGAGCCUGUAUCACAUGUUUUCGGGCAUCUGCUACACGUUCAGGACCGGGGGCGAAGGUCACGGGCACGGAAGGAACCCCGGGGGCCACGGGGGACAGUGUAGGGCGCCGGGCGAGUUGCGGUCCACCGCGAAUGUUGCUGAAGGGGCGGUUUUCGUCGCGAGUAAUGGGCAGUGCGGUGGGUGGUGGGUUUCGGAUGAGGCGCCGAUCUAA